AACGCCGCCGCGAUCAAGGCUCCCCCUGUCUUUCUCUCUUGCCACCACUGUUUGUCAUUUUCUCAUUAUUAGCUUGUCUCCGUUGUUCGGUUUGAUCUGAAGCAUCAACAGUUUGUGGAAUAUUGUAGCAACAGCCAAAAUACCGCUGACAAAAGGGUGAAAAACAUGAGUGUCGAGGCGUACGGGCCGAGCUCGCAGACUCUAACGUUCCUGGACACCGAGGAAGCCGAGCUGCUGGGAGCGGACACUCAGGGCUCGGAGUACGACUUCACCGAUUUUACCCUGCCGAGCCAGACCCAGACUCAAGGCCAAACCCAGAGUCAGCUAGACGGCCAGGUCAAUGGCCCUGAUGGUGUGUUACAGAAUGGAGACGACCCUGUUGUGAAGGCCAGCCAAUUACUGGCAGAGUUGAACUUUGAGGAGGAUGAGGAGGACACUUACUAUACCAAGGACCUUCCUGUGCAUGCUUGCAGUUAUUGUGGGAUUCACGAUCCAGCCUGUGUGGUGUACUGCAACACCAGCAAGAAGUGGUUUUGCAACGGCCGUGGAAACACUUCUGGCAGCCACAUUGUUAACCACCUGGUGAGGGCAAAGUCCAAGGAGGUGACCCUGCAUAAAGAUGGCCCCCUGGGGGAAACGGUUUUGGAGUGCUACAACUGUGGCUGUCGCAACGUCUUCUUGCUUGGCUUCAUUCCUGCCAAGGCUGACUCAGUUGUGGUGUUACUGUGCAGGCAGCCAUGUGCUAGCCAGAGUAGCCUGAAAGACAUCAACUGGGACAGCUCACAGUGGCAGCCUUUAAUCCAGGACCGCUGCUUUCUUUCCUGGUUGGUCAAAAUUCCCUCAGAACAAGAGCAGCUCCGGGCACGCCAGAUUACUGCCCAGCAGAUCAACAAGCUGGAGGAGCUGUGGAAGGAAAAUCCCACAGCAACCUUGGAGGACCUGGAAAAGCCUGGAGUAGAUGAGGAGCCCCAACAUGUCCUGCUUCGCUAUGAGGAUGCCUACCAGUACCAAAACAUUUUUGGUCCUCUUGUGAAGCUGGAAGCUGACUAUGAUAAGAAACUCAAAGAGUCACAGACACAAGACAACAUCACAGUAAGAUGGGACUUGGGCCUGAAUAAGAAGAGGAUUGCUUAUUUCACCCUUCCCAAGACAGACUCAGAUAUGCGGCUGAUGCAGGGAGAUGAAAUUUGCCUGAGAUACAAAGGAGACCUGGCCCCUCCUUGGAAAGGCAUUGGACAUGUCAUCAAAGUCCCUGACAAUUAUGGUGAUGAAAUAGCCAUCGAGUUAAGGAGCAGUGCCGGGGCUCCAGUGGAGAUCCCUCACAUCUUUCAGGUGGACUUUGUGUGGAAGUCCACUUCCUUUGAUAGGAUGCAGAGUGCUCUGAAGACAUUUGCUGUGGAUGAGACUUCAGUGUCUGGUUACAUCUACCACAAACUGCUGGGACAUGAGGUAGAGGAUGUGGUCAUCAAGUGCCAGCUGCCCAAACGCUUCACCGCUCAAGGCCUGCCUGACCUUAACCACUCCCAGGUGUACGCUGUGAAAACAGUGCUGCAGCGCCCCCUCAGUCUGAUCCAGGGCCCACCUGGCACAGGAAAGACGGUCACCUCUGCCACCAUUGUGUACCACCUGGCCAGACAAGGAAAUGGGCCUGUGCUCGUUUGUGCUCCCAGUAAUAUUGCAGUUGAUCAGCUCACUGAGAAGAUUCACCAAACAGGGCUCAAGGUGGUGAGACUCUGUGCCAAGAGCAGAGAGGCCAUAGACUCACCAGUGUCAUUCCUGGCUCUGCACAACCAGACCCGUAAUAUGGACAGUAUGCCAGAGCUUCAGAAACUCCAACAGCUGAAGGAUGAGACUGGAGAGCUGUCCUCCUCAGAUGAGAAGCGCUACAGAGCUCUGAGGCGCACUGCUGAGAGAGAGUUGCUUAUGAAUGCUGACGUGAUCUGCUGUACAUGCGUUGGGGCAGGAGAUCCUCGUCUGGCGAAGAUGCAGUUCAGAUCUAUCCUGAUCGAUGAGAGCACCCAGGCCACCGAGCCAGAGUGCAUGGUGCCUGUAGUCCUUGGAGCCAAGCAGUUGAUUCUUGUGGGUGAUCACUGCCAGCUGGGACCUGUGGUGAUGUGUAAGAAGGCAGCUAAAGCAGGUCUGUCCCAGUCUCUGUUCGAGCGUCUUGUAGUUUUGGGGAUCCGACCAAUCCGUCUGCAGGUCCAGUACCGCAUGCACCCAGCCCUCAGUGCCUUCCCCUCCAACAUCUUUUAUGAGGGUUCUCUGCAGAACGGAGUCACUGCCGCGGACCGUGUGAAAAAAGGCUUCGACUUCCAGUGGCCCCAACCAGACAAGCCGAUGUUCUUCUAUGUCACCCAAGGCCAAGAGGAAAUUGCUAGCUCUGGAACAUCUUAUUUGAACAGGACUGAGGCAGCCAAUGUGGAGAAAAUAACAACGAGGUUGCUGAAGGCUGGAGCAAAACCUGAUCAGAUUGGUAUCAUCACUCCCUAUGAGGGCCAGAGGUCCUAUCUGGUCCAGUACAUGCAGUUCAGUGGCUCCCUCCACACCAAACUCUACCAGGAGGUGGAAAUAGCCAGUGUUGAUGCUUUCCAAGGGAGAGAGAAAGACUUCAUCAUCCUCUCCUGCGUGAGGGCCAACGAGCACCAGGGCAUCGGCUUCCUCAAUGAUCCCAGACGUCUUAACGUGGCACUCACCAGGGCCAGAUAUGGCGUGAUCAUUGUGGGAAACCCCAAAGCCCUGUCCAAGCAGCCUCUGUGGAACCACCUGCUCAAUUACUACAAGGAGCAGAAGGUCCUGGUUGAAGGCCCGCUCAACAACCUGAGGGAGAGCCUCAUGCAAUUCAGCAAGCCCCGCAAGCUGGUGAACACCAUCAACCCUGGUGGCCGAUUCAUGAGCACAGCUAUGUAUGAUGCCAGGGAGGCCCUCAUUCCUGGAUCUGUUUAUGAUCGUAGCAGCAACGGGCGUUCGUCCAACAUGUAUUUCCAGACACAUGACCAGAUCGGUAUGAUUGGCACAGGUGCCAAUCCCAUGUCCUCCAUGAACAUCCCGAUCCCCUUCAACCUUGUGAUGCCUCCGAUUCCUCCACCAGGGUACUUGGGACAGGUGAAUGGACCUACAGCAGGUCGCGGUGGCGGUCUAAAGAGCAAAUCGGGCAGCGGAGGAGGUGGGGGAACUCGAGGUGGCCGUCAAAGAAACCGUGGAAACCACAGCGGUGGAACAGACCGCGGACAGCAUGGAGGUCAAAUGACUACAAGCCAGACUAGCCAGGACCAGGGCUCCCAGCCGUUCUCCCAGGGCCCUCUGACGCAGGGCUACAUUAACAUGAGCCAGCCAUCACAGAUGAGCCAGCCUGGGCUCUCCCAGCCUGAACUCUCCCAGGACAGUUACCUUGGAGACGAGUUCAAGUCCCAGAUUGAUGUGGCUUUGUCCCAGGAUUCCACGUACCAGGGGGAGCGGGCCUACCAUGGUGGUGUGACUGGACUGUCCCAGUACUAGACUGUUCCAGGAAAGGAGCUAGGCCUGUGUGAAGCUUAGUUCAUUGGUAUUUUAAUCUGGGUAAUAACAAAAAAGAACAAACAUGGAUACCCGUUUUCCACUGCUACAACCGAAGCACCACUGUGUGAAAGUAACAGGAGAGAGACCGUGAGAAACCAACCAAUCACAAGAGUGAGAGCAAAAAUGGGAGUAGAGCUGGACAGGACGAGAGCAAGACGGAAAGAGUGGGAGACUGGUAGAGGAGAGAAGGCACUGCUGCUCACACGCGAAGACAUAGCAAAGGAGAAAGCUGUUGUCCUCGGAGCGGCGCAGUUGGGAGAGGUGAGACCUUCAACAGGUCGAGGAGGGCGAAAAGAUCUGAGGCAUUCUGGAGGGGGGAAAGGGGCCGACUGCGUCAUCUUGUCCCUCGCGUGCCCCCGAACCCUCGGAUCUCCAGGCGGUGUGGUUGGGAUUCUUGCUCCAAUAGCUGAGAAAGAAGGAGAAGAGGUGUCUCACACAAGUCCUCCAAGCUAACAACAGGACGUCCACUGUGACUUGGAGUGAGAGAGAAAAAUAAAUGGAGACGCAGCUCUUGAAGCAGUUGACAUGGCAACUUUUUUAAACUCAAAGCUUGAAUCGAGGUUCUGCAUUUGAUCACAUUUUUAAGCAACCGGGAGAAACGUUUGGCAUCUCAACAGAACUCAGAAAUGCUUGUGGUGCUGUGCCUCAGAGGUUUAUAAGAAAUUUGAGGACUAACCAGUUAUGGGUCAUUUGCUUUGCUUUCUCAGCUUUGAGUUGGAAAGUUUUCUAAAUAAAGGCUGUUUUCAUUGAGGGUUUUCAGUGACGCAAGCUAGUGUAGUUGGCCGUCUUUCAAGGCAGGUCUUUCCCUAGGUGGUCUGCAAAGAACGAAGUGGUGGAAGAAGCUCUUAAAUGUGUAAACGUAUAAAAGAAAAACAUUUUUGUCUCCUAAUCUGAGCUCCAAAGACCUGCGGAUCGUGAGAUAAUUUUGUUUUUGUUUUUUGUUUUUGUUUUGUUGUUCUUCUUUGUGUCUUUUUAAUAGUGCAAAAGGACGAGUGAGGGCACUGUAACCAGCUUGUAACUGAAUAAAGCUGUCAUUCUUUUCUGCUGACCCCUCCCCCAAAGCUGCUAAAGCUAGCAGAUAGCAGUCGCCAAGCACAUAUAGCUGAAAGCGCCUGAUAAGCCGAAUCAAGAGGGCAGAACUUCCCAAAGAGCCUUGCCCUGAAGUCAGACGUAAAAACAUGCAGACGGUGAGACAGAGGUGUAAAUGGUACACGUGGUGGAGUACUUGACAUGAAUGCUCACUGAAAAGGAGGGUGAAAACAUGUAAGGCUCAACUGUACAACGGACAACUUGGUUUCACCACGUUGGACACAGAUGUUUUGAUGAUGCAUUUGAGAAGUCGACUGAUGACACAUUUAAAGGUUACGCAUCUUAGGUGAAGUUACCUUCAAAUUCCAAACACAUGUAACCCAAGUUUAACAUUUAUGUAGAUAAGCACCCCCCACCCCCCAUUCCUCUUGAUUUUCUUUGCUUUUUGUUAGUCUUUAACCUAUAGAAGAGUGUGAAACUGUUAAAGCAGUAGUACAAUCAUGUUGAGGACAGAGCAGUUAGUUUGGUCUAUGAUGAACUUUGUAUCUCUGUUUCAGUACUCGGUGUUGUAAGUUCUCGUUUCGCACUAGUGAAGCUUACAUCAGUAUCUUUCACCGCCUCAUGUUAUCCAUGUGAUGCUAAAAGCUUUCCUUUUUAUGUUGUUGAAUCCACGAUACGCAAGAACUUUGUCAUCUUCUGAGCGGUAAUGGCUUUGGAUUGGCCACUCUGAGCCAAAGCGUCUUUUAAUAAUUUUAACAUCCUGUUGUAGAUGCUAAGAGGGCAGAGCGUGUGGUGAACAGUGCUCAGGCUGCCAAAGAGAAAAGGCAUCCACAGGAAUGAAACCUGCGAAGCGUGAAUUAUUUCUUUUUCUUUAAUGCUACAAUAGUCAAGUUAUUAAGUAGGUGUGUCUUUAUGCUGUGUAGGACAUCAAAUUAAUAGUCUCACCCCAUUUAUGUAUCUGUAGAUUUGCUCUAAAUGAUUCUUAGACUCCACGUCUUCAACUUUGAAAACUGCUCUGCUUUACCUUUUACAUAAAAAUCACCAACAUAUAAAACAUCUCAAACUUACACAUGGUUUUUGCAUGUCUUAUGAACUGAGGCUAACUUUUGAGUUCUUUCUCUGUACUUUUGCUGUGACCUUGUUUGGCUUAUUGCUGUUUAAAUGCUGAAGUGAACAAUGUUUUUAUGUUUGCUGCACUGUUUUUUUUUUUGUUUGUUUGUUUGUUUUUGUCCCACUAACUGAUGUUGGUGCUUAAAAAGUGUACUCACAAAAAGAAAAUCUCGUGUUAAUAAUCUGGGAAAAUUAAAGUUUGCUUCUUUUUGCUCAUUCA